AUGAUGCUCACCUUGGAUUUUACUCUGUAGAGUUUCCUGAAUAAUGUGAUCUAAAUAGUCCAUAUACAAGAGAUUUUCAAAGAACUCUGGGCGAAAUUGAGAGACCUCCAUUUGAUUAUUUUCAUUUAAGGCAGCAUAGACUAGAUCCAACUAUCUAAAAAACUGAAUAGAGCAAGUUAUGUAGAUGAUGGCACUUAUUUAUGGGGACCUCAGCAUCAUUAUAAAGCCACUAAAUAAUUUUACAGCAGAGAUUAGUUAUGCCAUUUUACUCUCAGAUUGACGAAAAAUUAAGCAAACUCAAAGGGAUCCUUGACUGUGAAGCAAAAGUAACAAAUCGCUUAUGGGUUUGAAACAGAAUUUACUGUUUAAAUUCUCCACCCAUCUAAAGAAUGUGUCUCAACAAUUUGCAGAGAGAACUAUGCCCAUGGAUUUUCAGUUAUUUUACAUAACCUAGGACCGACUAUAGAUUCCUCCUCAGUUACUUAUGCUGAAGGAUUAGGAUAUACCGGCUUAAAUGAGGGUCUUGUAAUUGAAUUCGAUUUUAAAACAAACCUGAAUUUAAAUGAUCCUACUUAUCCUCAUCUUAGUAUCUAAUACAAUCAAUAUGCUGCACAAUUUAUGUACUCCUCAUCAGCAGACUGGAUGCAAAAGUAUAAAAUAGGUUUGCUGCAGAUUUAUGUAGAUGAUAUGGAAUUCCCAGCAUUAUCCGCUCCAAUAAAUAUAGCUAAAUGUGUUUAGUUAGAUGACCAUAAUUCCUUAAAGUAAAGUAUUGGUAAAUAACAAAUUUAGCACACUAGGGGUGGCAGACCCUACUUAAGCUGGAAAAGGAUAUAUUUCAAUAACUUCAACUACUGA